UUUUACUUUGUUUGUAAACAUCAGCAGCAACAUGAGGAAGUAGCCGAGACUGUUUGCAUGGAGGUUCUAUCAGUUUCUCCGGUCACAUCUAUCAAUUCUGAUAGUUUUAGUUAUUUUAAGAACUACAAAACUUCAUUUUUUAGUCUGAAAUUUCGCUGAUAUUUAUUUUAUUUAGAUAAUACAUUUUAAAUCUGAGUAUAGAUAUUUUGAAAAGUUAUUGUAAAGUUGAAAACGUAGUUUCAUUUAUUAAUACUUUCCAUUUCUAAUCUAUCUGAUUCACCAAUAAAAUAUUUAGUUGAAUAAUGGGUAGAAAUAAAAGAAAGCGUGGUCAUGAUCUUCAAAAUAAAUCUGAAAAUUUGGUAACCAAGAGAAGAAGUUUGAUAGAAAAUCUACAGACAUUAACUAAAGCAAAUGGACUCCUUGUUGGAACCAAUGCUGUUUUGAGGAAUCUGAAAAAGAAACAACUAUCUGCUGUUUUCGUAUGUUCUAAUAAUGCAUGUGCACCGAUUUUCCGAGCUGUUUCUUUCUGGUGUAAAGAAACUGCUGUUCCUUUUUUUACACUUGAGGCAGAUGAUAGAAAUAUUCUUAACUCAAAAAUUCCAGUUUCAGUCACUUAUGGAAUCAAGAAGGAUAGUAUGCAUCUUCAUCCACAACUUGAAGAAAAUUUAAAAGAAAUUAAAAUUCCAAAAAUUCAGGAAAUCGUUUCUGGUUGUGAAUCCCAUGUGAAUACUAAUGACUUUGAAGAUAUUUCUUCAAAAACUGUACCCAUAGAAGAAGAAAUUUUUGUAUGCCACAAAAAGCAUUCUCCAAAAGUGAAGAAAUCAAAAGCAAAACUUGAGGCUCAAAAAGAUUUUCUUGCAUUUUGCUCAUCUUCUGAUUCAGAAGAAGAAUUUGUUUCAUCCAAAUUUAAUCCUUCAAAUAAUUCAGAAUUUCCAGAAUACAAAUCUGUAAAAUGGAAAGAUUCUGACUUAAUUGUUAAAUAAAUUAAAUCUGUGUGUGGUAAAAA